AUGACGCAGAACUUUUUGAAGGCUUAUCAGGUAUUCAACAGUCAAGUGGAUGCGAAUGUUUAUAAGACGGCAAAAGAAAUGUUCAAGGCAUGUAAAGCUAUAGUCUUAACAGGGCCUAAGAAAUGUGGUAAAACUUCUAUAGCUGUUGCAUUGUCAUCUGCCUAUGAAACGGCACAAUGUCUACUCCUCAACAAACCAAACAAUCUCAUCUACAUUGACUUUAAAAACAUCUGCUUGGUUAUCAUUGAUGAGUUUGCUGGGAAGUAUCGUUACGAUAAGAAUGAAGUGUGCGAAUGGUACGAAACGUUUGAUCAUCUGUACAGAGCAGUUAUAGCAGGGAAAUUGAACGUGUUAAUAACGUGUGAAAAGGGUAAACUAGAAAAAUGUAUCAACGAAAUCGGACGGCAUGCCAUUCUUGACCACGUUGUGGAAAUACCUUUACAAACAACUGUCGUUAAAUUGGAGGUUACUGAACGACUAGAUUAUGGACAUGUUUAUGGACCGAUAGACACUACAGAUCAUUCUAUAGGCACCAUAUCAAAUAUCACAAAGUCUAAGAACUACCCACCACCAUUGUCAGUGAUUCCGGCACACGUGUCAAUCAUGCCGUCAAGUCAUGACACGAUUCCGGUUUCUACAGGAAAUACUUCACUCCUUGGUAGAUCACAAAUGGAAGAUCUGAAAGUUUACUUGAAAAGCUUUUAUUCAAAAUUAGCAACUUUUAACAAUUUCUGCUGCGAUUUAGAGGGAUUGGAAAAUUUAUCAUUUCAAAUCGGGCCGACGUUUGAAAAUCAAGAUAUGAAACACAAAAAAGUCACAGCCUUGAAUCAAAAUGAGGCAUUGAUUAAGAUUCUGCAGAUGCCUAACUACCGGCAAAUUUUUAUCUUGGCAACAGACACAGCAGCAUCUGCAAACCUUAUUGUUAGCUCCUGGUUAAAUUUUGCCGACACUUUCCGCCCCAAGAAAUUGGAUACUCCAGAUGGAGUUUUCUUGUUACAAAUAACAGAUGCUGAUAAUGUUUUUGAUUUAAAUAUUAUGUUGGAGGAGAGAUUUGAAAUGAAAGAGUUAUAUUACACUAAAAAUAUUCUCAUUAUCUUUGAAUAUAUUGACACAGAUCAUUCGAAAUUGAAAGCAAUUUAUGAUUUGGCCUGUUCUUGCAAGUUAAUUACAUGCAAGUUUAUCAUUAUCACAAAGAUCGAUAAACCGGCUGUACUUGAUUUGAAACUAGAUAUUGAGUUUGUUCUCAUUGCUAGUAAAGAUAAUGCAUUGCAAAUAUCUAGUAAAUACGGGGAAGUAUUGGUAGACAUAGAUGGACAAAAGUUGAGCAAAUGCAUCGAUCAAAUAGUAUCAAAGAGAAAAUGUACUUUAUGGCAGAAAGACGCAAUUACAAAAAUCUGUUUUGAGAAUAUUCAUCCGCUAAAUAAAGUUGCAACGAUACGCGUUCCAAAAGAUAUUAAGAUCAUAAACUUUGACAGAUGUAGUCACAAUAUUCAGGUAAUGCACUAUGCAAAUCAUUUAGAUAUAUCAGAAUAUCAACCGAAUAUGAAUCCUCUACCAGAAAACAUUUGUACACCAACUUUGAAAACUAUUGCUAUACAUUUUACAAUAUCAAGUCACAUCUUUUACAAUAAUGUAUAUGAGCAAUUUGCUUAUGAGAUAUCUAAAGCAACUCAUAUUGAAACGUUGCUCUUGUGUGAUAUGAAAUUUGGGAAGAAAUAUAUCACUGUUGAACUUCAAAAAGAAGAGAUUGGACAAAUCAGGCGUUCUAUAGAGUCAAAGGAGGACUAUUACCGUUUUGGAGCUCGCAUAUUAGGUCCGCGUCUAAGGUGCAUUUCGUUUGACAAAGAAGAUGUUCAAGCUGAAAACAAAAAUUUAAUGGUAAAACAAAUAAUGAUAGAUUUGAUAUGCUAUGUACUUGUGAAAACACACAGUUCUGUAUCAGAAUGCUAUCCUUCGGAAAUGGAAAAUGGUGCGAUUAAACUGAUUUGCUUCGUAAACGAUGAAGUUCGGAUAGAUUCCUUUAAAGGAUUCCCUCUUUUAAAAAGAGAUUACAACUGCACCAGUAAAGAAUCACUAUUAGCAGAAAAUUCAUGUGACAGAGAAGACAGUACCAUAAUAAAGGCAACAGAGGAAGAAUUUGUAGAUAUCAAUGAAACGCUCUCAUUCCAUGCAGAAGCUCUUAUGACAUCUCAUAGAAAUUUGGAGGCUGUGAAAGUUAGUUUUGUCCAGCCUAAAGAAGUAAAAUUAGGGCACUCAAAAUUAUGCAUAGUCUUAUAUUGUAGAGCAAAAGGGUAUAAACCAUAUGGCGAUCCUUCUUUCCCUCAGAACCUUAACCACCCGUUUAAGUGCAAAACGUUUAGAACUGAUGUUCGGGAAGGUUAUUUCUCACCUAAUAGUAUAGGCCGCAGUACUGACUUCAACAAGACACUUGCGUUAGGUUGUAGUAUUGGAGAAGUUAAUGGAACAUGUGCUGCGACUUUAGGGCCAUUCGUUAAUAUUAAAGAAACAAACGAAACAUGUUUUCUGACAGUUCGACAUGUAUUUGUUCCUACUUCACGUACAGACCAAAGUCUUACCGGAGUAAAAGUCGUUCAACCGGCUGACGUUCAUUUGCCACCCGGUGCCGAUGGAAUGCCUGAUCGACAAUGUGGAGAGGUUAUAGGCAGUCAGACAGGAGGACAGAUCGAUGCUAGUAUAGUAAAGAUAUCUCCUGAAAGAUUACCGAAAAGUGGUCAGUUUAUACGAUUGACAAGAGAAGAUUUAAAUAUUGCAGGAUUAACGGAGCAACCAGUGUACAACGACGGGAAGUUUCUGGAUGCAAAGUCUUUAACAGUAAAAGAUCAAGCCACGCGAAGAAUCAUCAAGAUUGGCUGUACAACCUCUCUUACAAAAGGAACUCUGUCAACAACAGAUGGAUGUGUUAAGGAAACAUUGGAGUAUUCUACAUUAGAAACAUUAUACAAUGGGAGUAGGGAAACAUUUCUAAUAAACAGUCAGUUUAUGGUGGACUCUUAUGUCAAAAAAAUAUUUAGCCAAGCUGGCGACUCUGGUUCUGGUGUGUUUUUGGUCGAUGAUAACAAUCAUUUACAUUGUAUUGGAAUGCUUAUUGGUGUCUUGUGUAACGACUUCACAGCUGUAAUCACACCUAUUGAUAAUAUAUUGAAGAUUUUGGGCCAUAAUAUUGGUAAAACAUUAGAGUUAAAACAGUUCAGAGAAACGGAUGAAAUGGAUGAAUCUUAAACAUAUCAGAAAGUGUGAGAUAUGUUUACAAUACAUUUACCAACUAGCGACUAACAUUAGAAAUUACAUUCAUAAUUGAUAUAUGAAAUAAAUUUAUCCACUGUUGGUGAGCACAUUAUAAUGUUAAAGUGGCUUCUACUAAAUUGUGAAUGCCUUUAGAUUUGCUUUGUUUAAGGUAAACCAAUAUUGAAUCCUGAAUAUUAUACACGUAUUCUGUGGAUAUUUUGACUUAUUUUCUAUUAGUCGAAUGUUGCUUGCGAAACGUGAAUAUCCUUAUCACCUGUGAUUAGAUAUGAAAGUGUCAUAUUGAAAGUUCACAUAGUCGAAAACUCUUGUCAACAAAUAUUGCUUUAUCAAACUUAAACACACCAGUUUUUUAUAAAUUGAUUUCUGCUGUAAUAGACAUUGCUAAGAAAACUUGAGUGAUAGCGUGUAUCAUAACGAAACACGCACCGUCAGAUCCAGUCUGAUACAUAUAAAAUUUAGACGUGCUUUAGGACCUUAAUUAUUCUCUUCACUCUCAAUUAUAUCUUAUUGAUUUUUAGCUCACAAUAACCUAAACCUUUUAUUCGAACAAACUUGGUAGACAUCCACUAAGAGAUGUUUCCUGCCAAGUAUCUAAGCUCUAGCCCUUUUUUUUGUUUUUUUCCAAAAGAAGAUAUUUUAUGUUUUUCUUAUGGUUGCCUUAGCAAACCAGAAUUCUGCAUGGAAUUAAAUUCUUUAUACAAUUUUAAAGGUGUCCACCGAAGGAACAUGCCAGUGAAGUUUAAAUGAAAUUUGUUCAGCGGUUUAUGCGAUCACAAAAGCUCACUAUGUCACUUUGUGACAGGUGAGCUAAAAAUAAAAAAAGCUUACAUACCCUUCAUAUUUUAAAUGGACAUGUUUCCCUAACAACAACAUUUUUUUCUUCUCCAGUAUGAAUAGGAAAUUAGAAAGCGUGAGUUAACAUGCUUUAUAUACUUGCCAGAUAUACAUUGACAAUGAUAUUGUUCGUCAAAGCUAUUUCUAAAAAGGUUCCUUUUCCUAUUAUGAAGAAAAAUAAAACAAAAACAAUCAGUGACGAGAAACUACAUAGCCAGAAGGGUAAGUUAAAGUUGAGCUUGACUUGCCUUUCGACUUGCUUUUCGGCAAGUUUAUUUGAUAAAAAUUCUAGCACUGACAGUUGUUUUUGGUGAGCGGUUCAGGCCAAUCAUUGCCUCUUGUUUUGUUUACUAAUAGUAUUACUAUUUUUGCAUGUUUUAAAGUGUAUUUAUUACAUUAAUAUUAACGUUUAAUUAAUGCUGCUUAUUUGUACUUUAUCAAGAUUUCAUUCCUUAAACCUACAGACAAUCUUUUAACUUUUAUCUGUCACAUUUUGUAUAUGAAUAAAUUUACUUUACUUUACACCAUAGGAACUCGGGAACGGGACUGCAUAUUGCGGCGCAUAUUUUCGAUCAUGUAACAUUAUUAAGGAAUGUCUCCCCUACAUCUUUGCUAUGCUAUGCUUGAUCAUUAUUAUUGGUGUCAAAUAUCAAGUAUAAUCCAGAUACGACAACUUAAAUGGUUUAUUGUGUGCCUGUGUUGACAUGUAUAGGUCUAUAGACGGUAUUAUAGCGAUUGAAUUUGUGUUUAAAAUUGUCGACAAGAAAAAAAAAGAAAUUCGAGUAACAUGGUCCAAAUGGUUUUGUUUAGAUGAAAGGAAAAAGAAUAUGCACACAUAAAUAGAUAUAUGCCACGAGGGGUACUCACCUGAUAUUUGUUGCUAAUAAAGGCCAGAGUCAUUCCGUACACUAGAUCAAUGAUUGACAGAAAUGCAUAGGCAUUUUUAAUCAAGGGCCAUAAUUCAUUUACAUGUAGUGCUAGUCACCGUCCAAAGGCUUGAUGCUUAAUAAUUUCGGAUGUAUGUAGGUGUUAUCUCACUUACACCCAAAACAUAUUGUAUCAUUGAAAUUUUGCUAAAUAUGGAGUUAUAUGUUUCCCAGGGUGAUAUAAGAAAUAUUCCCCGGUGAAUAUAUUCUUCAAUCAGGACACAUGAUAGGCCUAUGGGAGUUUUACAUUGAAAGAUAUAUUGAGGUAUAAUAAAAUCAAAUAUAAAUGCUUGUUCAAACAAUGCCAAGUGAAAAUACCAUUACAAAACCGUAUAUAAUAUAGGGCUAGUAACAUAAUAACAUGCCAUAAUAAAAUAAAAUCACACACUGAACUUAGACUGAAAUAUUUGGACAGUUCUAUUUAUAAAAUAUUAACUGAAAUUAACACAAGCCAUGUGGUUAAUUUAGACUGAAAUAUACAUAAAAAUGAAAUGACAUCUUUUCUUAAUUUAUUUUAGUUCGAUUGUGUAGAAAGCUAUGACCUUAUAGACACAAUUUCGAAUCCGUUCCUGGAACAAACCAGUACUGAGCAAUGAGUGUAAAGUUUCUUACUCAAGGAAAGGACGACUUGCCCCUGACGGGGUUUGAACCUAUGCCGCUAGCGAUCAUGAGAUUACUUUUUCUUUUACCCUUUUCCGUCUUUCUUUCUUUAAUUUUUUCAUCUAGGGUACAUUAUUUUUGUCAUAGUUAAGUUUUUUGUUUUUUAUGUACAUGUACAUAUAUUUUUUCCUUUUGUAGAUUGUACAUUUUUAGUACCCUUUUGUUACAUUCAAAACUUUUUUUAAUUGGAUUUUUCAGUUUAAGCAUGGUUUGAACGCUAGGGUAACUAGGAUAACUAUGUGUCACAGGUGUACAAAUUUACCUAUAUCAUCCCUUUCUCUCCAAUAUAUUAAUACUGUAUGCCGUUAUAUUGUAAAUCGUCGACUUAACGUGAUUUACAAUAGCGCUAUCUCUUUACUAUUCUUUUGUUAUUUAAAUGAUUUUCUAUGACGUAUAUAAGUUAGUUUAACAAUAUAUUUUUAAAAGAAAAUAAGAUUGUACUGUGUACGUUGGGGUUUUAUAACCUUAACUUAAAUCAUUAAAUUAAUUAUAAUAAAUAAGAAUAUAUUAUGUUACUUAUUCCCUUCAUAUGUUGCAUUUGUAAAUUGCUUACAUCUAAUGUUAAUUGACGUAUAUUAUUUGAAUUCUAAGACCAGUUCUUAGAAUACAUUUUUCAUUGUGUAAUAUGAUGUCGCCUAUUUUGUACACGUAUGUUUACAUUAUUUAAAUGCAAUACAAUUAAACAAUAUGUUUUUAAAAGAAAAUAAGAUUGUACUGUGUACGUUUGGUUUUUAUAAUCUUAACUUAAAUCAUUAAAUUAAUUAUAAUAAAGAAAUAUAUUUUG